AUGGAAGAAGAAAGAGGAGAGACAUUUAAUGAUUUAACUGAAGAUGAUAUAAAAUCUUAUAUGGAACAUAAAGAAUAUGAUAAUGUUAUAAAGCUAACAAAAAAUAUAUAUGAGAAUGAUAUGAUUAAUAAUGAUGUUUUUUUGAAGGCUAGAUAUUCUUGUUUAAUAGAGAAAAAUGAAUAUGAAAAAAUAAUAUAUGAAAUUAUGCAUUGCCUGAUAAAAUUAGAUAAGAAAAAAAACCGAAAAAAUGGAAAUAGUAAUUUUAAGAAGAUAUUUCAAGAGAAUUAUAAACAGAUUCAGAAUAAGAAUGUAUUAUUUGAAUUAUUUUAUUCUAUGUAUAAAUUACGAAAAUUUAAGAAAUUAUAUGGUUGUUUAAAAUAUUUUAUAGAGAAUGAAAAAAAGUAUCAAGAUUUUAUAGAUAUGUUAUAUGCUCAAGUAAAUAUAAUAUUACAUAAGUAUAAUAAUAGUAUACAUUAUUUUGAAGUGUUAUUAAAUAAUAAAUCAAGACAAACAACAGCUCAUGUAAAUUUAAAUAGUAGUUAUUUUUCCCAAUUUAUGAAAUUUAUGUAUGCAUAUAAUUUUUUAAGGAGGUCUAAAAAAGAGAAAGCAAAUAAAAAUAAUAAUAAUGAUAAAUUAGAUAGUAUAGAUGAUUAUCAAAAUGAUGAUGAAAAUUCAAUUGAAAGUUUUUAUAUCGAUGGAGAGCGUUUCGAUACUAAUGAUAUAGAAGAAUUAAAAAAUCAAAUAAUAAAAUCAACAAAAAAUUUUAAUUAUGAGCAAAAUCAAAAUUUCGAAGAGAUUUUUAAUUAUACCACAUUUUUUAUUAUGGAAAAAAAUUAUUCUGAGGCUAUGAAAUUUAUAGAUGUUUUGGAAGACAUGUGUUUAAAUAUAGAAUCAGAUAAUGAUAUAAAUUACAAUGAAGAUGAUAGUGUUAAUGAGGACACACAGGAUAUAAACAAUAAUAAUAAUAUUAAUAGUAAUAAUAAUAAUAAUAUUAAUAAUAAUAAUAAUAAUAUUAAUAAUAAUAACAAUAAUGAUAAUUUUGAUCUGAACAUAAGUUUUUGUAGGAAGGAAAUAUUUGUACAGUUACAAAAAGCUUAUAUAUAUUCUAAAUUAAAAAAAAUGAACGAAUCAAUUAGAAUAUAUGAACGAAUAUUAAAUCAAUAUGACAAUGUAAAAAAUAACAAAAUUGUUACUUUAAUUGCAUAUAAUAAUUAUAUAGCUUUAAUGCAUAAUGAUAAUCAGCACAAAUUAGAUAUUAAACAAAAUAAAAAUGCUCAAGAGGAAUAUGCUUUAACAUUUCAUAUAAGUGCAGAAAAAUUAUCUCAAAUAAAAAAUUUCCUCUUUACAAAUAAUGCAAUGGAUAUACAAGUUCAAACAAACAACAGCAACAAUAACAAUAAUAGUAAUAAUAAUAAUAAUUGUAGUAGUAAUAAUAAUUGUAGUAGUAAUAAUAAUUAUUAUAUGAAUAUAACUACACAGUCUAAUAGCAUAUUUAAUAAUAUGAAUCAAUUUAUAUUUAGUACUAUUUGUUUUAAUGAAUGCAUUUCAUAUUUAGAAAGUGAGCAAAAAGACGAAUUUAAAAUGAAAUUGAAAUAUUUUUCAACACGUUUUAGUAACUCUGUCUUAUUAGAUAAACUUAUUAUUUUACAAUUGAAAAAUAAAAAUUAUAUGAAAUGUAAAUCUUAUAUAUAUAAUAGAAUUAAUUUAAUGAAUUCAUUUGAAAACCAAAUUAAAUUUAUUAAUGCAUAUAUUUAUCUUUGUUAUGAAAAAAAAAACUUCAAAGAAAUUGUAAAAAUAUAUUUAAUGUAUGAACAUCUAUUUCAAACUAAUAUAAAACAUUAUAGUUCUUUUUUUACUAACUUGUUUUAUAUAUAUAUAUGUUGUACUGAUUAUAAUAAAGAACAAGAACAAAGUCAUCCAAAUGUUCUAGGUGGUGAAAAAACUAAUAAACAAAAAGAACAAAUAUGUGAUAAUAAUAAUAAUAAUAUAUCUAAUUCUACAAAUAAUUUAUAUUUAGUAUUAGAUUUAUUUUAUAAAUAUAAAGAAAACAUACAAGAAAAUACACAACUUAUAAAUUAUGAUACCUUAUAUUUAGUAUGUAAAUAUCUAUUAUAUCAUGAUAAAGAACAACUUGUUCAAGAACUUUUUGACUAUUUAUGUGAACAUGAAAAUAAUAAUUUACAAUUUAUAGCAUGCUAUACAUAUUUAUAUACAUAUAUGAAUGUAUCUAAUGCAUAUACAUACGAAAAUAAAUUAAAGAAACUUGUAUUAACAGAAACAUAUCUUAUUGAUGUUGAAGAAUUAGAAAAUACAGAACUUCCAUUCGAUAAAUUAAAUAUAAAUAAUAAUGCAUCUAAUAUUAAUGAUAUCCAUGUAGAAAAGAAAAAAAAUAAAAAAAAACGUAAGAGAAGUAAGAAAAAAAAGUUAACAGACCCAAACAGCGCCAACCUUAAUCCUGAUCGAUGGUUACCUAAACAUGAAAAACCAGGAUUUAAAAAAUUAAAAAAAAAAAAAAAAAAAAAUGAAACUCCUAAACAAAAGGUAGUAGUAGAAGUUGAAGAAACCAAAACAACACUCAAACAAAAUAAAUUACAAAAUUUGAAAAAGAGAAGAAAAAAGUAA